UAGACUAGAUGCCUUGCAAAUGCCACAUCAUCAUGUUGGGAAACCUUUACCAUCUCUAUGAUGCACAUACACAUGAAGAUGGCAUAUGUAAGCCUUUCCUAUAAGAGCAGGAAGCUAGCGAGUGAGAGGAGCAACGUGUCUGUGUUUGACAGGAUCUAGAGUUUCUCUUUAUAGAGAGAUGGUUGAUAACAUAGGCAGCAAUUCAGAGGGAGAAGGGUUCAAGUACAAUUUUACGGCUGCAGGUGCUGGCAGUACCUCAGGUGAAGAUAUUGGGGUUAUCAAAGAGCAAGAUCGGUUGCUUCCAAUAGCUAAUGUUGGCCGGAUCAUGAAGCAGAUUUUGCCUCCUAAUGCUAAAAUCUCCAAAGAAGCUAAAGAAACCAUGCAGGAAUGUGUCUCUGAGUUCAUAAGCUUCGUUACAGGAGAAGCAUCUGAGAAAUGUCAAAAAGAGAAGAGGAAGACCGUAAAUGGUGAUGAUAUUUGCUGGGCUUUAGCAACUCUUGGUUUCGAUGACUAUGCCGAGCCGUUGAAGAGGUAUUUGCACAAAUACAGGGAACUGGAAGGAGAAAAAGCUCACCAAACUAAUAAGCCUAGUGGUAGUCAUGAUGAGGGGAAGAUUAAUGAAGAAAAUUCCAUCUAUGGAGGUCAUGACUCAGCUGACUCACCAAGGAAUCCUACCGUCCCUCCGUUGAAGUUCAAUGUGCUUGAGAGAAGUACUAAUAAUGGUUCAAUCUCUCGUAGAUUUUGAAUAUAUCAAGUUUGGUAAUGAAUUUUGGGUCUCUCUUCUUUAAAUAUGUUGACAGAGAUUUGAUUUUGAUUUUAGGAUUUUGUUAUGAUCACUUGUGUGGGGAACUUAAAUAUCUCUUAAUUUGAGUUUUUGUUCUUAAUUUGAUUGACUGUUGUAUCAGCUUAAUUAGUAAUUAUGUUAAAUUAGAACUAAUCUCUUUUGUA